AUGACUGCCGGUCAACCACAAAAUAUCGAACGCGAUGAGGAGACAACUAAUAUGUACAAUUUCAUGAAAAAAGCGAAAUCUCCGUUGAAAAUCAAAAAAUUAAUCAUUGAAUAUCGUGUAAAAAUUCAUGAACUCGAAAAUAUGGACGAAGAGACGAAAAUUCGAAUGAUAUUCGCUUUGAGCGCUCCGAUCGACAGUGGUUUUCUUGUUAAAAUUAAGGAAUCUGAUGACGUUCAAACAGAUCAUGCACGGAGAACUACUGAAUACACAACGAAAGAAGGCGGUUUCGAAUUGAAAGGAACUUAUACAUCAGUCUCACUCUCGACAUUAGAGCAAAGAUAUCGGACCAUCAAAGACAUUUGCAUUCGUCUUCCAGCAACCACGCCCGUUCCACAGACACCAAAAAAUCAACGGACUGGACAAACGCCAAUCAAAACGACAAAGGAAUAA